GCGGCGUCUGUGACGUGCGGCGGUGAUGUGCUCGGCACGGCUCAGUAGCCACAGAGCGGCUCCGGGCUGGGUGUGCCAGCCUGGGCUCCUGCAGGCGGCUGCACUGGGCCAUUGGCCGAGUGACUGUUCACAGAGCAUCGCUCUCUGCAAAGGAGUCCCGAAUUUGCAGAGCAUUGGUCUCUGCAAAGGAGUCCCGAAUUUGCAGAGCAUUGGUCUCUGCAAAGGAUUCCCGAAUUUGCAGAGCAUUGGUCUCUGCACCGGAUUCCCGAACAUGCAGAGCAUUGGUCUCUGCUACACAGUCCUGAAUUUCCUUUGAAGUUUCAUUGAGGCAUUGUCGUUUAUCUGGGAUAUCCUCCCUUCAAAAUGGAUUCCGGAUUCCGAGAAAAGAUCCUGAAACCCCGUCUGUGGUCGAGGGAAGCGCUGAAGUCUUUCAGUCUGCUUCCCUCUAAGUCCCUGUGGGAGAAGUUUUUCAACACGAAGAAGAAGGCCAGCACUGCGGAGAAUAUUGCGCCCAGAACUGGCCCAUUUCUAGACAUGAGUAAGACCGGUCCAAAGUUGUCGUCAGUUCCCCCGAAGCAGAACUUGCUUCAGAUUUCCCCACCAGAGGUGGUGUUUCGGGGCUUUGUCGCUCAUGAGGUCUCUGAAAUGGUGGUGUCUCUCGUGAAUAAGGACAAGUUGCCUGAGGUGGUGAAGAUCUCCAUGGAGAGCUCGCCUUACUUCCAGCUGGCGUGCUCCAACAACGCAUACCGUGUUGUGAUGCCGGGUGUGCCUGCCCAUGUGCGCAUCCGCUUCACCCCUGGCAAGGGCAAGGAUUAUUCCCACAAGCUCAUCUGCACCACUGCAAGGGAAAGGAUAGUCGUGCCAAUUCAGGCCAUUGGUGCCCCAGCUAUCCUGGAGUUCCCUGACCAGCUGGACUUCUCGGAGUGUCCGGUCAAGCAGAGCAGCCAGAAGACUCUGCUGGUUCGUAAUGUCAGUAAGCGGGCAGCUCGUUACCAGCUGAGCACCCAGAGUCCUUUCUCCGUGGUUCCAGCCACGGGAACUGUGGGCGCUGGUGACACCGUGCAGGUGACAGUGGGAUUCCACGCGCUGAUGACCGGUGACUAUUCGGGGUCUCUGUGCUGCAACACAGGUGAAGAAAGUAGCCUCACAGAGCUCCACGCAGAAGCUGUAGAGCUCAACAUUGGGUUGAGCACAAAUUUCGUGGCGGUUGAGACGACGUUCAUCUCCAUGUCAAACCACAAAACCAUGUUCAUUGAGAACAGGAGUAACGUCACGGCCCACUUCCAGUGGAAGGCUUUUCCUACCGAGGAAGGAGAGAAUCGAGAGAAGAGGAGGCAGUGUCGUUUUCUGCGGCCGUGGUCAGAGAAGUCGCAGGAAAACUUAACGGAGGAGGAAACAUCAGAGUCAGAGAUGGGCUCUUGUGAAGAUCACACUGCCCGCCUGAGCAACACGGUCCUGGCGGAGAUAGCAAAGGUGCAACAAGACCCCAUGCUGUUCUCCGAUGACAUUUUUUUCAUUGAGCCAGUGGAGGGAGAAAUUGGGCCGAAUAGUUCGGCUGAAAUCAAGGUGACCUUCAAACCCACAGAGGCACUGGAGUACCGAAGUGUGGCUUACUGCAACAUCUCAGGCUGUGAGAGCAGGCUGCCCCUGCGCCUCAGAGGGCACGGCAAAGGACCCCUGGUUGAACUGAACUGUCGCACACUGAACCUUGGGAACGUUUCUGUCAACACCCCCCACGUUCGUGAGGUGCAGCUGGUUAACCUAGGAGCUAUUGAUGCUCCCUUCACCUAUAUCUCCUCAAAUGCAAACGUGGGCUUCUGCUUCAAGUUUGCACCCAAGGAAGGCAUCAUUGCACCAGGCGGGACCCAGACGAUCCAGGUCUCCUUCGGUGCCACCGUGCUGGGGACAUUUGAGGAAGAAUUCCAGUUCAGUGUGGCUGGAUCUCCUAGGCCUGCAAUCCUGACUAUCAAGGGCAGUGUCACCGGACCGACUUCACUCUCGGACACCAUUAAGCUCAACUUGGAGGACAUCUCCUCUGGCUCUCCCAACACCAAGACCUGUUGCCUCACUGACACCUCCCCGGUGUUCCAUGACGGCCUUUGGAGAAAAAACUGCUUCCCAAACCUGCAAAUCCAGCCCAGCACGCUGGAGUUCGUGGGUGGCACUGAAGAAGUGCGCUCUCUGGAGAUGACCAACUGCAGCCCUCUUCUCGCCAAGUACCACUGGUCACUCUGUUCGGACAGCCAGGCGGACAAGCUGGGGUAUAAGCUUAACCCACCUAAAUUCAAACCCACACCACCAAAGGAGCAAAGAACCUCCCGUCUGGAUUGCUCAGCAUACAGAAGGAGAUUCAGAAUUAGAAAGGAGGAGGUAGACAGUGCCCUGAAAGAAGCAUGGGAUUUUGCCCAAUCUUUAGGAACAGAGGUGCCACCACAAACUCCUGGACCCCCUCACCUGCCACUGGAGCUGGCAGGAAUCACGGUCCUCUCGUGGAUGCACCUCACACUCCCUCGAAGCGGAGGAG